AUGAAGAUUCGAUCGGAUCGCAACCCUCGUCGCAUUGGUGAAGUGAUAGCGGUGACAGGGUCGUUGCGUCUCAAGAAGGAUGCCGAAUUCAAGCACGUCAUUGGUGAGAUGAAGCUACAAUACUCGACUCGAAACGAUGGCAACUUUCGACUUGCUUAUACCGGAAGAAAUGAAAAUAGCGGUGAGUAUGGUACGGCAUGUGUUGUUUUUCCUCCCUCCGAGAUGUGGCACUUCAAAUACAAGAAAUUGGAGAGUGCACGCCAUGGUGCUCUUGCAAGAGCAAUGAAAGUGUCCUUUGGUAGUGACAACGACGCAGCUCCACAUAUUCAGAUCACUGUUUAUCUCGAAAACGAAGACGACAAAGCGGGGAAAUAUAUGAGCGAGGCGUUGGAGUAUGCAGUUGCCGAGCACAAUGCACACCUGACUCGUCUCCGCCGGUCGUCGAGUUGA